AUGGUUUCGGUCCGAUUCCGGUUCUGGUCCGGGUUUCCAGUUCUAAAUCUCAUCUCUACUGAGGAUCGUCAUGAGGUCCCAUUGCAGUUAGUAGGAGACCCAUACUUCCCAGAGAGCUUACCGAUGGCCCCAACUGACCUCUCAGAGGAGGAGGAUCCUUCGAAGGAUGAAGAGGAAGACGAUCCAGAGGAAGUCGAAGAGUCCGAGGACAAGAUCAUACUACAUGAUCCACAAGAGGAGAUGGACGAUGACGGUCUAGUAGAGGAUGAGGAAAGCCUAACUGGUGAGGAAUCCACCCCUCAUACUCCAGCAUCCUCUCCAUAUAGGCCAUACUAUCAACCAUACUUCCAUCAUGGAAGGAGUUCUCUAUUGAUGAGGACUCCAAGGAUGCUCCACCAUGUGUACAACUCAGGGAUGAUGACCCAUGACAACAUAUUAGAUGAUAAAGUCCAGUCUUUGGACGAGCACUCUAGAGCUACAUGCACUACCUAUAGGGUGCUUGAGAAGAGAGUUGGAAGACACGAACAUGAUGGGAAGGAUGAAAUAGUAGCCAUCUAG